AUGGAACAAUUACAAGCAUUAUUAACUCAGUUAAAAGAUCGCCGUGCUUCAACUAUUCAAGAAAAGAUUCGUUCUCUGGAUAUACGAGAUGAUAUAUGGAGAAAAUAUACUGAAUUAUUGAAAGGAAAAACAAAUGCAUUAGAACAACAACGUACUGGAGUUUGUCAAGAUAUGUGCUGUGAACGAGAACGGCUAACAAGAGGAGAACUACAAGGGGGAGGGUUUAAAUCUUAUGAAUAUGACCAAGAAACAAAAACGCUUGUUCACUCACUCAUGGUAACCGAAUAUUCUCGAGCAUCAGCUGAUCAACCAAUGCCAUCUCCUUACGAUCUUCGUUCUGGUCCAGUAUUGUUGAAAACGAUGUCUUACUUAAUAACAAAUAUUAUGGAUCGUUUCGAUGUAGAAAGAGAUAAAAGUGAAUGGUAUAACUUUUUAUGGGAUAGAACAAGAGCUAUUCGAAAGGAGUUAACUCAGCAACGUAUUCGUGAUGAAAUAUCGAUUCAGAUUUUAGAACAAUGUUCUCGUUUUUAUAUAUUUUGCUCAGCAUUUUUAUCUGAAUAUCGUCGAGAAUUAUUUGAUCCAAAUUUAAACGAUAAGAUGUUGAUAGAUUGUCUAAAUCAACUUAAAGAUCUGUAUACCAUGUUUAAGCGACAGAACCAGUCAAAAGCAUUGAAAAAUAUCGCAGAAUUUUGUUCAUACAUGUUAUUGAUUAAUUUGAAGGAAGAUAAUGAAACAUUAUUGCGUAUUCGUCAUUUAUUCAGAGAUUUAACGACGAACUUUGAAAUGCAAAUUGCUCUUGAUAUUCAUCGUCAACUAUUAGUGUCAAAUACCACACGAUUUUUUCAAUUAAUCGAAAAGUCGACGCUAUUACAAUCAUGUUUACUAAAUCGAUAUUUUUCAAGAAUUCGAGCGAAAAGGUUAGACAUUCUCGUACAAUCAACGAGACCGAAUGAUGAAUGUAAAAUAUCUGAGCUGUCACUAAUUCUUGGGAUGGAUAGUGAAAAAGAUACCUGCGAAUAUUUAGAAUCAGCUGGUUUUAAUCUUGGUCAAGAUUCAACAACAGUUAUUUUAAAUUUAAAUGACCGACCUGAACAAUUGCCAAUAACCCGAUUAUCACAAAAAUUGAUUCUAUCAAAGUAUCAGAGAAAUUUGAAAGAUAUUAUAAGUGGCAAUGGAACCAUUUGCUCUACAACGUCAGCAAGAACACCAGUUGAAGAUAAUUUUGAUGAGCAGGGUUAUUUUACAGGAGAUUUAAGGCAUAUUGAACAAUUUAUUGCCACGCAUAAGCGAACAAUCCCACAACCAAAAUCCACAUUAGCGCCGCUAUAUCAACCACAAACACAGCAACAACCCCAUACUGCCUUCAAACGGCCAAUAAUACCGCAGCCACAACCAAAAACUACAACAACUACAGAUAUAUAUCGGAAUCCAUUUCAGCUUCCCAUCGCUUCAUCCACAUCUGCAUCCCCAUCAUCUUUAUUUAGUAAGUUACCGACUUCGUCGUCGAGCCCAUCUGUAUUUAUUCAACGACCAUUACUACCCACAACACCGUCAAAUUUUCAAGUUCAAUUUGAUUCUCGCGCAAUGACAACAAACACACCUAGUAUAUUUGCUACGACACAAAUAUCAACACCAACAUCAUCGUUAUUUUCCACGAAAGAAAAUGAUACAAUUUCUAGUCCACCAAGGCCUCAAAUAACAACUAUGCCAGUUUCGCGGACUCACAUGCCGACGCGAAUUCCUUCAUUACAAAAUCAAAAAACAAUUUUAAUUGAUCAAUUGUCGUCAUCAGCGUUUCAAAUCCUUCCACAUUCAUUAACAACCCCAGCAAUGCCCGUAGCAAAAAAAUCAGAUGAUGUAGAAGCAAAGUCAAAGGAACCAGUCAUCUUGGCAAAGGAUAAUAUAGCUAAAGAACGUUUAUUGACAAAAGAAAUUAUUGAAUCAUUAAUAAUAGACUCUUAUGAUGAAUUAUUAAAUGAAUAUAUCGAACAAAUAGCCAAUGACAAUAUCGAUGAAUUAAUCACUGUGUGGAAUAAACGUGUAACCAUAUCGAUUGAUCUCUGUGACGAAUUUAUUAAUGAUGAAUUCUCUGAAUUAUGUAAUGAAUGUUAUCAAGAAUUAAAAUUUUCUCAAAAAAUGAUAAUGGACACAUUACAUGAACAAUAUGAACGUAAACGUCGUCGAUAUUUAUCAAAAAAAUAUUUUUUUAUUUGGUUAAUAACUAGUCGAACUAAUAGAGAAGAUCGUCUUAUUCUAAAAUGUUUACAAGAUAGUUUUACAUUGAAAAAUAAUGAACAAGUAUUAGAAUUAUUAGCAGGAAUUGAAUUGAUUACUAUACAUCAUCAAACACUCGAAGAUGUAAGUCAAAUUCUAAAAUUAAGACGACAAUUAAAGCAGAAACAAAUUGAAGAUGAAAAAAUUUUACAUGAAAAAUGGAUACACGCUUGUAAACAUAUUGAUUUUGUUGAUAUGGUUAAACAACAAACAAAUCAACUUAGAUUAUCAAUGAUGCCCGUUGAUCGAAUUGAUUAUUAUUCAAAAUGGCUUGUACUCGUACCAAUGGAAUAUACCGAUAAAGAUUUACAUAUUAAAUGGAUAUUUAGCAAAUUCACAACACCAUCGAAUGAGACAUUAAAAUGUGGUUUUAAUAGUUUUCAAUCGUUUACAUGGUCUAAUGAUCGCGUACGCACACAAUUUCGAAUUAUUGGUUUUCUUGGUAAAUUAAGUGGUGAUGAAGAAAAAAAAAUAAUCGAUACGAAAUAUUUACUUGGAACAACAGGAAUCAUUUUAUUUUCACAUAAUUGUUCGAUAAAUAUACUUGAUGAAUAUUUGAGAUUAAUUGAUGACACAAUACCGAAAGGUGUUCAAUUACCGGUACAAAUUCUAUCAACAACAACGUCAGAAGUAAACAAUAUAGUAAAAAUUCUUAAAUCAUACACUAUUUCAAAUCAUCUUCAACGAUUUAACCAUAAUGGAUUGACACCAUUAAUUAUUUCUGAUCUUUAUCGUGUUCAUGGUCAUAAAUUAGUGCAAUUGCUCGAUAAUUUCUUAUCAAAAACAGUAACUAAAUGCAAAUGGGAAAUAAAAACAUUGGAUAUUAUAGUAAAUAAAUUAAAUUUUGAAUUUGAAACCAUUAAAAAAACUAUCAAAACUUUUCAACAUACAAUCAAAUUGAACGAUAUAAUUGAUCUGAUAAAUGAUUUAUUAUCUAAAAUGUGGUCGUUAAUUACCCAAGUGUCUACAACGAAUUUGAAUUGGCCACUAGCAGAUUAUUUAGCACCAUAUGAAGAAAAUGUAUUGCAUUGGUCUUCAAACAAACUUAUUAAUCAAUUGUUGCAAUUUGAACAAACAGUUUCACAUUUACCUCAUAUUAAUUCUCUUUCAACGACACUAUAUUUAACUCGUGAACAUUUUAAUCAAUUAUCAAUAUGGAAUAAAAUUGAAAUUUAUUGUAAAAGUAUUUUAGAAAAACUCUCAAAAAUUAUUCACGAAUCACAUGAACAGUUUUCCAAAACAUUAUUAACAAAAAUUGAAACGUGGCUAUUGUCUUUAUAUAAAGAAGAGAACGAUAUAAUUUCGAUAAAUUUAAUUGAUUUAUUAUCUUUAAUUGUAACACAUAUUAUAAAAUCGUUAACAGUCGAUAUUGAUAAGAAAAAGAUUAAUUUAAAUGAUUUGUGUGGUAUAUUUCCUAUUGAUACGGAAAAUAUGCUUUUAAGAACUAUAUGGUUUACUGAAACACAGACAUGGAAACGAAUUAUUGAAUCACAUCGUACUCUGUCAAUAUCAUCUAAACGUUCAAUUUCCUCUUUAACUUCAUCUCAUUCAAAAAUUAAAAAACAUAAAGAAAAUAUUUCGAUUGUAUUAGACGAUAAUGAACAAUCAUCACAACUAACAUUGUCACUCGAUUCGUGGAAUAUGGAAAUGAAAAAAUUUUAUUCAAACAUGAAUGAUGAUCUUAGUGAAAUGCAACAAACACUUAAUUCACUUGUUCACAAACAUCAACAACAAAUGUAA